ACAGCAGGUGGCGGUAUGCUGACAAAGAAGAGAAGAGAAGAGAGAGGAGAAGUUGUUUCCGGUUCCGGGACAACAGUCUCCUUCGCAGAUAAAAAUGUUGUCCCUCUGUCCAGACUGGCCGGUCUGUCCCGGCUCGGUUCUGUCCCCCGGUUGCUCUCCAGCCAGCAGCUCCGGUUCGUGAGCCAGUCCAAACCGGCCGGAAGCACCGCGGUGACCGAACUGCACCGACCGGGCAAUGAGGGACACGGAGAGGUCAGCCCGUACCUGAAGAAUCCAGAUUACCAUGGCUUCUCCAGCGACCCGGUGGAGGACACCCUGAACAUGAGGGUGGGCUUCCUCGGCAUCUCUGUGGCUCUCGUCAUCGGAGGAACCUUCAUCCAUUACCUGCCGGAUCUCAGGAUGCGGCAGUGGGCCCGGAGGGAGGCCGGACUCAUCGUACAGAGAGAGAGAGAAGGUCUCCCUUUGAUAAGCGAGAACUACUACGACACAGAAAAGAUCGUGCUGCCCUCGUCUGGAGAGUAACCUCUGCUUUAUUGUAUUUCACUCGAACAGAAUAAAUGCUGUAAUUAUU